GCCAUAACUUGCAUUGUUCCAUUCAUUUAGACAGUCAGGUAACGCGUCAACGCAGGACAACCGCGCUGGCCGCGCUGGCUCUAGAGCUAAGUUCUGCGUACUUCAUCUCAUGCUCCAAUUGAAGCCUAUAUAUGUUGCAACACUAUUGGAUGACGCUUCGGCGAGUCUGCAGCGUUUCAGUCAUUUUCUGUAGUUUGCUCCUUCUUCGUGUGGACGCGCUGACGGAGAAAUGGAUGGGCCUCGACCAUAUGAACAGAACGCGCAACCGCCCAGAGCUGGGAUGGGACUGGGGUCACACUUGGAGCACCGUGGACGUGAACCGACAACCAGUCAGUACACUGCUCUCCAGCGUGUUCGGCGGAUACCGGUUUACGCUACCCAAGCUGCAGUUGCAACGCGGAACGGCGUACAUCGGUGCCGCUUCGCGGCUGCGCCGCCUAGUGAAGGAGUUGCUGCUGCCGCACGGUCAGAAGACGAACUUCAAGGUUGCAGUCAUAGGUGGCAGUAUAAGCUGGGGGCAGUUUACCAGCAAACGCGGCGAGACCGAUUGGUUUAGCACAUUUACACGAUGGAUGAUCUCCGCAUUCCCGCGCGCCAAUAUUACGGGCCGCAACGGGUGCACACCAGGCGUGCCCACGCCGUACAUGAUCAUGUGCCUGGAGCUGAGCCUGGAUCCGGACGUGGAUCUGGUGAUCAUGGAGUACACGCUGAAUGAUGGCCUGGAUUCGGUGCUGUUCGGAAACCGCGUGGUCCAGGACAUGGAGCGCCUGGUGCGGCGGGUGCUGGCGCUCCCCAGCCGCCCGGCCGUAGUGCUGCUGCAGGUGCCCUCCUUCGGCAUGGCCAGCUACCGCGGCGGCCACCCCAAAAACAACGAGACCCCGCCGGAUGCAUAUGCGCACUUUUAUGAGACAUCCGAAGAUGCGCAGGUGGCCAUCUCGCAGUACUACGACGUACCGUACUUGUCGCUGCGUACCGCACUGUACCGCCUGGCUGCACACAAGUCUGUACCCGGCUUCCUAUGGGAGGACGUGUUCGUGGACCACCACCCCGGCGACCACGGGCACAAGGUGAUGGCGGACCUUAUGGUGCACCUGCUGCAGCGCACCGCCGUGGGCCUACUCAUUGAGCCGUAUGGAGCCCCGGACGCAGAGGCUGCGGCAGAGGCCCUGCCGGAACCCAUGUAUGACGGCAACACCGCACCCAACACAACCAUGUGCCUGGUGGGCGACGCGUUCAGGUCACAACUGGUGUCUGCGCACGGCUUCGCGUGGGUCAAUGAGGGCACCGCCGCCAAGCCCAAGCCCGGCUAUGUGGCCACGCAGCCGGGCAGCCGGCUGCGGCUGCGGGUGGACACGGACCGCUCGUCACUGGGCAGCCCUCCGGGGGAGCGGGUGGCGCUGUACCUGCACCACCUGCGCUCCUACCAGCACAUGGGCACCGCCGCGCUGAGGUGCGUGUCGGGCUGCACCUGCUCCGAGGUGCGUGUAGACGCGCACAUCAAGGAUCGUGUGAGUCAGGUUUACCUGGUGAAGAUGGAGGUCAGCCAGUCGGCUGCCUGCGAGGUGGAGGUGGAGGUGCUGCCCGACAGCCGCAGUGGCGAGCACAAGUUCAAGGUGUCGGGCCUGGUAGUGGCGGAGCGGGCGGGGGACCAGUCGGAUGCCAUGGAACGAAUCAGCGGCGAUAACAAGGCGUUUGGGCUGCGGCAACACAACGGCGACGACGAGCAGAUGGUGAUUGCCAAAGGGGGCCAGUUCGGCAAAGCCGGUGGAGCCCGAAGCCGUGACUUCAGGAGGCACGGCAGGCGGAGACGACGCACGAGCAGGAGGCACGGCAGGUGACACCCAUGCCUGACGCCCAUCGCCCUUGCACGCAGGGCAUACAACGGAGGCAACGCAUAUGUGUGGUAUAGAAUAGUGUGUGCAAGCUUUACUAGGGUUCAAGGGGGGGCACACGGGGGGGGCAGAAGUCGCCUGAAUGUCUAGCCCGGUCUGUGGGAGGCUUGAGACGGCGGAGAAGAGGGAGCAGGCAAGGCCACGACGAGGAGUGUGUGGUACCGCCUGGCGUCAGCGCGCAUAUUGGAACCGGCCGGUGCAUGGGUAGGGUUCAGCAGGCGAGCACAGGGUGUGGCGGCUGCGGAAACUACCGCGGGUUUAAUGCAUGUGGUUUCGUGUCCGGACUGACUGUGCUUGGCCGCUGGACCAAGCGGACACCCGGCCUGGCAGUGCCUGCACAAACCGCUAUGUUCCAGAGGUACGGUAGUAUCAUACCUUCGGCCGUAGACUGAUGACAUGGAUGGUGUAGGCUCAGCCCGCUUUUCCCUUGGCACGUACGGGGACCCAAGCGGGGCCAACCUCUCUGCAAGAGGAGUUGUUGGUCGGGGGAGAGGGACGGCGUGGCACGUGAGGCAAGCUGCGAAGCUUGCGCGGGACGCCAACAAGCAAGACUGGUGAAGUGUGCACGGACGGGAAGUACGGUGUGUCAGACCCAGGUGUGCACCCUGGGCAAACCUGCGCUCUGUUCCGGUUGUCGCCUGUACUAGGCCAAACAUAUUGUUGCUUCGUGUGGGAACACGACGAGUGUGAUAGUGCCUUGGACGCCCCCUGUCGGCUGGGCAGUAACAGUCCGCUGGCAAGGUCGAGCUGUAAGAGGAGUUGAGGACUAGAAGCGCCAUCAGCCCAUGGCUCUACCCUGUGGCUGUGACCUGUGUGCUUUGCGUAUUGCUCCAGCUGUGACGUUGCACAGCGUGUCACCGUCAUUUAGCCGUACGGUACGUAGCGACCGGUCAUCUUCACUUCAACUCCAGCCUGUGAGGCUGUGAGCUGGCUGCCACGCUUGAGAGGCCCGAAGGGACAGGCCGUGCGGAGUCAUAUAGGGUGGCAAACUACGCUCAGUCGCGCUGUCCAACAAGUCCUACCAGUGCUAAGUGUUGAGCCCGGAGUGGAAUUGUGGUAAUGUGGUAUAGUGCGGUAUAGCGUGGACUUGCGGGAGAGCCACCUUAAGGGCAGGCCUCCCCUGGCCCCGUCAAUCCGCUUGGUGUGCGAUGGGACAGUGUCAAGGCAGGUUGGUGAAGUCCCGCAGGGUGCAGCUGGUUCCCAGACCCCAGGCAUCCGGUGGGUGUUGCAUUGCAAGC